GGGCCCUGGAGCCAGGUGCACAGCGUAUCGCUCGAGGCCGUCACCGUCCCGCCCCUCCCACCCCAGCUGUCCUGGACCCAGGGGCAGGGAGAGGCUGGACGCCAGGUGCGCCGGACACAGACACGCCUGAGCACAGCUUCCUCCUUUCUGCUCCGGGAAGUGGGCAGCCAGCCCAGGAACCAGUACCACCUGCGCCAUGGGGCUGUCCCGGAAGGAGCAGGUCUUCUUGGCCAUACUGGGGGCCUCGGGGGUCUCGGGCCUCACUGCACUCAUUCUCCUCCUGGUGGAGGCCACCAGCGUGCUCCUGCCCACAGACAUCAAGUUUGGCAUCGUGUUUGAUGCGGGCUCCUCCCACACGUCCCUGUUCCUGUAUCAGUGGCCGGCGGACAAGGAGAAUGGCACUGGUGUGGUCAGCCAGGCCCUGGCCUGCCAGGUGGAAGGGCCUGGAAUCUCCUCCUACACUUCUAACCCUGCACAGGCUGGUGAGAGCCUGCAGGGCUGCCUGGAGGAGGCCCUGGUGCUGAUCCCAGAGGCCCAGCAUCGGAAAACACCCAUGUUCCUGGGGGCCACGGCUGGCAUGAGGUUGCUCAGGCAGAAGAACAGCUCUCAGGCCCGGGACAUCUUUGCAGCAGUCACCCAGGUCCUGGGCCGGUCUCCCGUGGACUUUUGGGGUGCUGAGCUCCUGGCUGGGCAGGACGAAGGUGCCUUUGGUUGGAUCACUGUCAACUACGGCUUGGGGACGCUGGUCAAGUACUCCUUCACUGGAGAAUGGAUCCAGCCUCCGGAGGAGACGCUGGUGGGCGCCCUGGACAUGGGGGGUGCCUCCACCCAGAUCACCUUCGUGCCUGGGGGCCCUAUCUUGGACAAGAGCACCCAGGCCGAUUUUCGCCUCUACGGCUCCAACUACAGCGUCUACACUCACAGCUACCUCUGCUUUGGGCGGGACCAGAUGCUGAGCAGGCUCCUUGUGGGUCUGGUGCAGAGCCGCCCGGCUGCCCUACUCCGUCACCCAUGCUACCUCAGCGGCUACCAGACCACACUGGCCCUGGCCCCACUGUAUGAGUCACCCUGUGUCCACACCACACCCCCCCUGAGCCUCCCCCAGAACCUCACAGUCGAAGGGACAGGCAACCCUGGGGCCUGCGUCUCAGCCAUCCGGGAACUUUUCAACUUCUCCAGCUGCCAGGGCCAGGAGGACUGUGCCUUCGACGGCAUCUACCAGCCCCCGCUGCAGGGCAAGUUCUACGCCUUCUCCAACUUCUACCACACCUUCCACUUCCUGAACCUCACCUCCGGGCAGUCCCUGAGCACGGUCAACACCACCAUCUGGGAGUUUUGCCAGAGGCCCUGGAAACUGGUGGGUGGAGACCAGCUACCCUGGGCAGGACCGCUGGCUGCCAGACUACUGUGCCUCAGGCCUGUACAUCCUCACCCUCCUGCACGAGGGCUACAGGUUCAGCGAGGAGACCUGGCCCAGUCUCGAGUUCCGAAAGCAGGCGGGCGGUGUGGACAUUGGCUGGACACUGGGCUACAUGCUGAACCUGACCGGGAUGAUCCCCGCCGACGCACCGGCUCAGUUGUGGGCAGUGAGCUACGGCGUCUGGGUGGCCAAAGUGGUGUUCAUGGUGCUGACCCUGGUGGCGGUGGUGGGGGCUGCCUUGGUCCAGCUCUUCUGGUUGCAGGACUAGUGGGAGGCGGAGGUGGGCCCCCACAGAGCCCACAGGCAGCUGCGUCCCAGAUGCUAGAGCCUUCCUGAGCCCUGAGCCCUGUGGGGCCUUGCUCUGUGGCUCUGCCCAAGGUCAGGUGACAGCCACCUCCAGGGCACCCUCGGGGUGGUGCUGUCCACAGAGCUGCAUGGCCUCCCCUCCCGGCGUCCCUGGCGCCCGCCCCCUCCCACACUGGGCUUCCAGGGCCUUGGUGCCUUCUGCACACAGGCCGCCAGGAAUCAUGGUGUCUGCAAGCUGUGUGACUGCAGGGCCACAUACUGCCUGCAAAGGGGGCAAGACCACAGAGGCACAGGGGUCCUGCUCCUGACAGGGCCUCAGGAAGGAUGGAGAGGGGCAGAGGGGAGGGAGCUGCCUCAGCUGGAUCCCCGCUCUGCCUGACGCUGCAGGAGUCCAGACCUGGGGGCUUCUCCUGGGCCAGCCCAGCCUCCCACUUGGAGAGUUAUACUGCAGUGAGAGUUGUUUUUAUUAAAAGCAUCAUAUACACAGCA